UUUAAAUCCUAAUAGAUUAAUUAAAUUUAUCAACUAAAAUAAAAUAUCUUAAUUGCCUAAAAAAAUAUUAAAUUUUUUAUAAUGAUGAUAUCCAAUAUUUUUUUAUUAUAGCUAAAAAAUAGAAACCAUGUCAAAACAUUCUUUUUCAAUGUGGGAUUACUUAGUUUUAAGUUCAACCCUGGUAAUUUCUGCUGUAGUGGGCCUCUAUUUUGCUAUAACUGGAGGAAAACAAAGCACGACUCGUGAAAUAUUUUUAGGGAAUAGGAAAAUGCAUCCAAUACCAGUUGCUUGCUCAAUAUUUGCCAGCUUCAUGUCGGGAGUUAGUCUUUUAGGUUUGGCAGCUGAAUCAUAUACUUUUGGAUGGGAAUAUUGGCAGAUUUGUACCACUUUUAUCACGGUUAUUUUGGCGUCAAAUUACUUUUACUUACCAGUAUUUUACCACUACAAACUAACUUCAACAUUUGAGUAUUUGGAGAAAAGAUUUCACAAGUAUAUAAGGAUAGCUGGAUGUGUUACCUUCGUGAUGCUAACGAUACUUUACAUGGGAAUCGUUAUGUAUGCUCCUGCUAUUGCGUUAAAUGAAGUGACAAAAUUCCCAACAUAUGCAUCUAUAGUAGUAAUUGGGCUCGUAUGCACAUUUUAUACUUCAAUCGGCGGAAUGAAAGCGGUCAUUUGGACGGAUGCCAUACAAUGUGCAUUUAUGUUUGCCGGAAUAAUAGCCAUCAUAUGGAGAGGCGCCUCUGAGGUGGGUGGUAUGGGAAUUGUUUUUAAACGAGCUAUAGAAGGAAAAAGAAUAUAUGUUUUUAAUUAUAAUCCGAAUCCCUUCAUACGUCAUACUUUUUGGAGCAUAAACGUUGGCGGAUUUUUUAUGUGGUUAUCAAUUUUUGCUGUCAAUCAAGCUCAAGUUCAACGAUGUUUGAGUUGUACAUCCCUAAAAAUGGGUAAAAAGGCCAUGUUAUACGCAUUACCUGGUUUAAUUGCUUUCAUGACAGUAUGCAGUCUUUGUGGUAUAGUUAUAUAUGCAUUAUACUACAAAUGUGACCCAUUAACGAUGCGUUAUAUAAAGACAUCUGAUCAACUUUUACCUUAUGUAGUUAUGGAUAUUAUGAAUUAUCCUGGACUUCCCGGCUUAUUUAUCUCUAGCUUAUUUAGCGGGUCUUUAAGCACUAUGUCAUCGGGAUUAAAUUCAUUAGCUGCAGUGAUUUUAGAAGACAUCAUAAAAGUCUAUUUUACAAAAAUUCCCGAAAAUAAAGGCGCUUUAUGGUCUAAAAUUAUAUCCAUAUUUUUUGGUUUAGUCAUAAUUGGGAUGGCCUUUUUGUCUGCACAUUUGGGCACUGUUUUACAAGCUUCAUUAACAAUAUUUGGUGUGGUAGGAGGCCCGAUGUUGGGAUUAUUUACACUAGGUAUGUUUUUCCCAUGGGCAAAUACCAUAGGAAGUUUGAUAGGAUGGAUUAUAAGUUUUAUCGUGGUAUUAUGGCUAGGAGUUGGUGCACUUUUUUACAAGGUUGUUGAGCAAAAAGCUCCUAUGAGUAUAGAAAAUUGCGAAAUUCCCUUAGUAUUGACCCAUUCUCAAUAUUUCUUCAAGGCAUCAAAUAUAAGGCCAAACGAGAAGAUACCUCUGCUAUACAAAUUAUCAUAUCUUCACUUAGGCCUGGUUGCCGUGUUUUUAGUUAUUGGGAUAGGCCUACUAACUAGCUAUUUCACAGGCUUUCAAGACCCAAAUAAACUGGACCCACAUUUAAUUUCUCCGCCACUAAGAAAAUUUUAUCGCUUUUUGGCUACUCGAUUUAAUUGGAAAUUGAAUAUUGAUAGCAAAUUUUAUGAAGAUACAAAUAUGAUAACAGAUAGCCCCCAAAAAAUUGAAGACGGUGACAAUCUUAUAAAAGAAUCAUCAUUAUCUGACUGACGAUUAAAAAUUAUUAUUAAAUAUAUUCUUUUUUAAAAUAAACCAAUUCAAUUAAUUUUUGCACUUUAUCAAGAAGUUUACAAAAUAAUUGUUCAAAUUAUUAUAUUUUAGAAAUUAAUUUGUGUCAUUAUAAGUUAAA